AUGGACACUGCUUUUGUAACGGUCAACGGGAGUUGGCGCGUGCACUGUGUUGCUUCUAGCCGCUGCUGUGAUUGUCGCUUCGCUGUACCAAUGGGAGAGCAGCUUUUGAUGAAAGAGGAUUCCAAGGAUCGAGAAGAUAUGUGCUUAUAACACUAUCUGCUAAAAAUAAAAUAGGAUUCAUCAAUGAUGCUUGCCCUGCUCCAGCUCUCACUUCCAGAGACUAUCAGCAUUGGAGUAGGUGUAAUGAUAUGGUAACAUCCUGGUUGCUCAACUCAUUGUCCAAAGACAUAGGAGACAGUAUCAUUUACUCUAAAUCUGCUAAAGAUCUCUUGACCAGCCUUGAACAUAGGUUUGGUUAGUCAAAUGGAGCUAAGCUCUAUCACCGGAGGAAGGAAUUAUCAAGGUUAGUACAGGGAACUAGUGACAUAGCAAGCUACUUUACAAAACUCAAACGUUUAUGGGAUGAAUUAGAUUCAUUUAACUGUGAUGUGAAGUGCAGUUGCUUGUGUGUCUGUGAAGGGGAGCAAAAAUUAGAAAAGUCACUAGAUGAUGAAAGGCUUAUUCAGUUUCUUAUGGGUUUAAAUGAUAGUUAUGGUCAAGCAAGGGGAACCAUCCUGAUGAUGAACCCCCUACCAAUCAUCAACCAUGCAUAUUCCCUGGUAUUGCAAGAUGAAAGCCAGAAAGAAGUUUUUGCUAACCCACUCAUUUCUCCAGAUUCUUCAUCUUUCAUGGUAACGAAUCAAAACAACUUUGCACAAAGGAGUGCAAGGCAGAUGCAAAGGAACCCAAUGCAAAAUCAAAAGUUUGGGAACAACAUCCAAAAAUGGACUAACUCUACUCAAAGGAACACAACUUUCAAGGGAAAGAAAACUAAGUUUUACCCUAAUGUAACAUGAAGUCAUUGCAAGAAAGUAGGUCACAUUGUCAGUGAUUGCUACAGAAUUAUAGGUUUCCCAGAAUACUUUGAAUUCACAAAGGGAAAUCAAGUUCACACCAGAAGCAAUAGAGCAUUUCAAAUUGAGGAAUCAAAUCAAAACAACAGCAAUCAGAAUGAAGUACUCAAUCAACACCUCUCACAUGAUCAAUUAUCACAGCUGAUACAACUAAUCAAGCAGGUUAAAGGGGCUUUUAGUGAAGAGGGCACAAGUUUUUGGUAAGGCAAUGGAUGAACUAUACCUUUUGGAACCAAGUGGAGUUAGAAAUAGCACAAGUGGGUUCAGUUCUAGGUGUGGAAGUUGAAACACCACCAAGAUCAUAUUCUACCCAAUUGAUUGCAUCAAAUGAUACCAAAGAUGCCAGUUUAGUAGCCAAUGCUAAAGAUGGGUUCUUACUGAAACGCCAGAUAUACACGUUAAAGGUCCCUCAGGUUGCCGGAGGUUCUAUUCUCUCCAUUAAAGUCAGUUGGUCACAGAAAUUACUGUAUCAAGAUGGUCAAUUUUCCUUAAAUAUACCUUUCAGUUUCCCAUGGUAUGUCAAUCCAGUUGCAAAGCUAUUGUGUAAGAAAGAAAGGAUUCAGUUGAACGUGAACUCUGGUAUGGGGACAGAGAUUUUAUGCGAAAGCUCUAGUCAUCCUUUAAAGGAAACAAGACGUCUGGCCAGUAAUUUAGGAUUUUUAUACGAGAGGGAAGUUCGGGCAUGGUCGAUGAAUGACUUCAAUUUCUCGUACAAAGUCCCUUCAAGCGAGAUCCGUGGGAGUGUGCUCCUGAACUCUCCGUCUAUGCUUGAUAUUGAUCAGAGAGAAAUGUUUUGCUUCUAUCUUAACCCACCAACUGUCAAUAGGAAGAAGGUUUUCAGGAAAGAAGUGGUAUAUAUUGUUGAUAUAAGUGCAAGCAUGCAAGGAAAGCCUCUUGAGAAUGUCAAAGCUGCACUACUGGCUGCCCUCUCUAAGCUCAAUCCAGCGGAUACUUUUAACAUCAUCGCUUUCAAUGAGAAUAGCUUAUUGUUUUCAUCAUCCAUGGUGACAUCAAGCAAGGAGUCAAUCGGACAAGCAAUUCAGUGGAUUGAUCAGAAUAUUGUAGCUGAGGGAAGUACUGACAUUUCCCUGCCUCUAAACCAGGCAAUAGAGAUGCUAUCAAAAAAUGGUGAUUCAAUUCCUCUUGUUUUUCUAAUCACUGAUGGAUCUGUUGGAGAUGAAAGAGAAAUUUGUGAAGCCUUGAGGGGACAGUUGAUGAAGAGAGGCUUGAAAGCUCCGCGAAUUUCGACUUUUGGCAUUGGUUUAUACUGUAAUCACUACUUCUUGCAAAUGCUUGCUCAGAUGGGGAGAGGUUACUAUGAUGCUGCAUACGAUGUAGAUUCAAUCAGUUCUCGGCUAGAAAGACUACUUAACAGCACAUCAUCAGUCAUUCUUGCGGACCUGAGAAUCGAUGCUUUGGAAAAUCUUGAUUCAUUUGAGCUAUAUCCAUGUUAUCUGCCAGACCUGUUGUCUUCAAGAUCACUGAUUGUAUCUGGCAGAUUAUUUGGGAACUGUCCUGACUCUAUUAAAGUUAGCGGUACUUUAGCAGAUUCGAGCAAUUUCGUGGUGGAUGUCAAAGUGCAAAAAGCUAAGGAUUUUCCUUUGGAAAGAGUUUUCGCAAGGAGACAAAUUGAAAUGCUAACUGCCAAUGCCUGGUUUUCCGGAAGCAAGCAACUGGAGGAGAAGGUUGUGAAAUUGAGCUUGCAAACAGGGGUGCCUUCAGAAUAUUCCAACUUGAUUUUGGUUGAAAAUAAAAAGGAGAGGCAGACCUCUAAAUUAGAGGUAACAGAUGAGAAGACCUCCGACUUGAAUGUCAAGAAAGUCAUAUACCUUCGAGCACUAGGUUUUGGUUUCGGCAACUUGAAGGCCACAGUAGACAAUCUUCCUGUGGAAGCAGCAGAACCCAAGUUGCAUGAAACUUCAGAAAUGGUAUUUGCAGCUGCUUCAAACUUUUGCGGCAAACUAUGUGACUGUUGCUGUUGCAUGUGUUUCAUACAGUUCUGUUCUCGGGUUAAUGAUCGAUGUGCUGUUACUUUAGCACAGCUUUGUACAGCACUUGCUUGUUUUGAGUGUUUUAGUUUUUGUUGUGAAGUCUGUGGAGAAUGCGGCUAAUGGCAGCAACUACAUAACCAGAGCUGUAUCAGAUAUGUAGUUUGACCGUCAUUUCUUAUAUUAUGUAUAGUUGUACUAAGACAAUUGAAGAAAUAAAAUAUAGAGGCUGACAAUGUAAAUUUACAGCUUCAAGUUGCGAGUCGGACUGCUGCAAGAGUGGUCACUUAACUAGUCGUUUUUUGUCUUA